AUGAGCAUUGAACAAAGAGCCAACAUUAAGUUUUGUUUUAAACUUGGUAAAACGUUUACCGAAACGUUUCAAUUGAUGCAACAAGUUUAUGGUGAUGAUUGCCUAUCCCGUGGAAGAGUUCAUGAGUGGUAUACGCGUUUUAAAAACGGUCGUGAAGACAUCAAUGACGACCCUCAUGUUGGCCAGGCCAAAUUCGUGAUUACGCCAGAGAGCAUCGAAAAAGUGCGUGAUUUUCUCAACAUUCAUCCGAAAUCGUCGUUGCGUUUUAUGGAAAUCGAAUUGGGAAUGUCCAAAGAUUCGAUUCAUCGCAUUUUGACCGAAAAAUUGGGCUAUCGGAAGGUUUGUUCUCACUUUGUACCGCACAAACUCACUGACGACCAAAAAUCGCUCAGAAUCCAACAUUGUAAGGACAUCGUUAAAGAGUCGAAAAAGGACAAAAACUUCCUUUACAAUAUUGUUACUGGUGACGAAACGUGGUGUUUCCAAUACGAUCCGGAAACAAAGCGUCAAAGUGCUGAAUGGAGGCCACAAAACGAGCCAGCAACUAAAAAAUCCCGUUUUGAGAAGUCAAAAGUGAAAACAAUGCUCACUUGUUUUUACGAUUCAAAGGGUAUUGUUCGUUCCAUCGGGUCAAAAGGUUAA